GGUGACGUCAUCGGUGAGCGCCUCUGCUGGCCUUCCAAAUGGGCUCGACUGCUGAGCCCUGAUUUCUGCUGUUUCUCCCUCAGCUCGUCGACUUCAUUUUCUCCAUGAGGGGACGUCUGAUCGCGAUGACAUGUGGAGGUGAAUUGGCAGACAAGGUCAGCCAGGUGAUUUCUGAACUGGUUCCAGUGCCGGCUGACUGGCCUGCAGUUCCUGUCGGUUCCUGUGCAGUACAGUAAAGCAACUUGCCCAGUCAGACGAUCACAAUGAAACCAGCUCAGGAGCGGAACCAGGAGUCCCUGCCUCCGAAGAAGAGGGACCUCCCACCUAGUGACAGCGGAGGUGGAGCUGGAGCGAGCGGGGGAGCUGGGGCUACAGGUGGAAGUGGUGCCGGUGGUGCCGGUGGUACAGGUGGGGGUAUUGGAGAAGAUGAAGUAGUUUCCAUCCAGAACUCUGCAGCCAACAGUGACACUCAGGGAGGGAACCCAUCUGCAGAGUGGCUGCGAGCUCAGCAAGGACUUCAUUAUGGAAUGGAUAAUUCUGAUGGCAUACCAGCAGUCCCUGUUGACCAGUACAGCAUGCUCUACAAAGUGGCUCUUCCCUCUGUUACCUACUCGCCUACCAGUCUUCACCCAGUGUUAAGCCACAUCUCUCCAGCCUACACUGUUCAUUCUCCUCUCCUGCAGCACCCAGGACUGUCCUAUCCUCCUCUUGGUUACACCCAGAUCCCUCACUCCUCUCUGCAGUUUGUUAGUUCCCCCUAUGCAGCGGUACCUUACGCUCUCCCCCCUGGCUUUGUCCCGGGAUCGUUGAUCUCUCAAUCAGGCGCCAUCUCUCAGUCCCACUCUGUGUCCCAUCUGGUUCCCUAUCCAUCUGUCAUACAGGAAGGGGUUGUUUCCCCACCUCCCCAGGCCCAGGUAGCUGCUCAUACAUUUGCCAAAGUUGCAGCAUCCAGUGGUGUCCCGAUGAUGCUGCAGUCAGAGCAAGCUGCCCAGCAGCACCUCAGUGCUGUGGGAGUCCUGCCCUCAGCCGAGCUCAGCUCUCGAGGGAUGCCAGUCUUCUACCACACUCAGGGCGCCAGGGCUGCCAUUGCCAUCCGAGACCCCCACAGUGCCCAGCAGGAGAAUGAACCAGAGAUGAAUGGAAGGGAUAAAGAGCAGUUAGCCCGGGAGGUUGCACUGGACUCGGCCUACGCUGCCAGAAAUGUACGUCUGCUGCAGGUAGCACCGAGCACUGCAGCACAGGAGCACAACCAGGACAGAGGUCUGCAGAACCGAAGGCUGGAGGAGAGGAGCUCACCUGGCCAGCGCAGCACUCCAGACAGUGACCUGGAGGUGCAGCAGGUGGUUGGUCGUUUGAUUUCCUCUAACCAAGGUGGAAGUGGCGUGCGGAAAGAGGUCUCCUUCGCUCCCCUGAACCUCUCUCAGGGUCACCAGAGAUCCAGAGAGAUCCAUGGAGAGAGCACGGGCAUCAAUUUCAGCCGGACGGCGUACGCGGUGCAGGCGAGUUACAGUGACCCCAGAGUGACCGGUCUCCAGCAGCAAACAGGACAACAUGCUGUUGUGCUUGCUAAUGGGCAACCAGUUCUUAUUCCCCUGGAGUAUCACCUGCAGCAUCAGCCCCAAGCACCACAGCAACACUACCAAGAACUGGCUAAUGAUGCCUCAGCAAGCCAUGCCUCUACCACCAUGGCCUCUUUCAACCCGAACUUUAAAGCCUCAGAUUCUUCAGCCAGAGUGUGCCUCUCUGAAAAGGCGGAGCCGCCCACAGCUCAGCAGCAGCUUGCCCAUCAUCCUCCUGUCCAGCCUUCAGCAGAUAUAACUCAGGCCUUAGCUUCAAGCCUCGCUCCCGCCGCCACUCCCAGCAACCCGUCACACUUCAUGAAGGGUGCCAUUAUCCAGCUGGCAACUGGGGAACUGAAGCGUGUGGAGGACCUGCAGACUCAGGACUUUGUGCGGAGUGCGGAGGUGAGUGGGGGGCUUAAGAUUGACUCCAGCAUGGUGGUGGACAUCCGAGCCAGCCAGCAGAGACCAGGUCUCGUGUCGCUUCACUUCACUGUUGGUGAGCAGCAGAGCAAAGUGACCAUCGACGUGCCUCCGGAGCACCCCUUCUUUGUGUUCGGACAGGGCUGGUCGUCCUGCAGCCCCGAGCGCACGGCCCAGCUUUAUGGCCUGGCCUGCCAUCAUCUGCAAGUGGGAGAUGUGUGUGUGUCCAUCACCCUGCAGCAGCAGCAGCUUCAGCCCCAGCAGCAGAAACAACCACAGCACAAUCAUUCACAGCAGCAACAACAACAGCAGCAGCAGCAGCAGCAGCAGCAGCAGCAGAACCUGUCCAGGACUUUGAGCAAAACUAAUGCCACAUCAGGACUUAGUCACCAGCUCAUGGGGCCUCCUGCCCCCCAGCAGUCACGGCCUCAGUCUCAUUUCAGGAUAGACCGCAUCCACAGAGAAAGACAGAGGGAUGGGGAGAAAGACAUGGCUGAUAAGGAGGAAGCAACAUAUUUGGGGGUUGUUGGCCACACUGAGUCGCACAUCAGACCAAGUAGGACCUCAGCAGAGCAUCCGAGGAGCCAGAGCAGUUACCACUUGCACACAGAAGGCUCUGCUUUUGCAGGGGCGGGGAUGGGAGCAAUGCAUCCUUCGCUCGGUGCCUCUCAGAGACGCUGGUCCUCACCUGGCCUCCAAAGAUACAGUAUGAAGGGAGACGAAGGGCCACGCCCUCAGAUAAGCAACUCCGGCCACAUAAGGCCCUCGUUCAUCCCCCAGGAGGUCAAACUGUCCAUAGAGGGGCGCUCUAAUGCAGGGAAGUAGCAUCACGUUUGGUAGCAAAUAUAGAAGAGACUGCCAUCAGUAAGAAUGAGUCUGACAAGGAGAGAAAGAGGAAACAAAGAGUGUGAAUGUAGCCUCAGAAUGUUUGAGAUUUUGCACACCUAAAAUAUACAAAAAAAUACAAGAUCUUUCUGUGUCUGGUGAGAAGUUCUGGUUUGUUUUGGUUGUCACUCGGCCAAAGGAUCGGAGCCAGUGCUUUCCCAGCCAGCUGAGGGCUGAUGGGGACAUGAGAAGCUGAGUAGAAAGUAUGUAGCUGAUGAAAUGCCUACCAUAGUCCUUACACACUGCAUUUCUCUUCCUCCCUCCCUCCUUUGUCGCCACUUCCUCAUACCCAUGCUUGGAGGUUCCCAUCGCAUUCAAAGCGGUCUCGCUUCCUUUUUGACCAAACUGUCUCUUUGGAAGACGACGGACUACAGAGAAUGUGUUUGUAGCACAGUAAAGCUAUCGACUCUGCAAAGACCACAGCCAGGGAUCUUUUAUCUCCAUUCCCAGGAUCCCGUUUACUUCAAAAGCAUUUACCCCAAAAAAAAAAAGAGUGGAGUUGCUGAUAUCAGCUGCUCCUCUGGUGAUGUCGGCACUGUUGACGCUAACUGUCAGUGUAUGUUACAUUAUGCUUCUCCGACGGGAGUCUAAAACCUCUGCUGUCAGCAGAGAUUCUUUCUCCCCUCCUUCCUCUUCAGGAGGCGGGUCUGCAAGGAAUGGGAUUCUCUCUCAGGCCUCAAGUGCAGCAUGUCCUGCUUGUCUUACAAUCGAAAUAAUGAUAAAUCAAUCAAUCAAGUGUUGUCUAUUCUGCAAUCAGUGUCAACUCCAAAAAAAUAUUAGCUUUUAUAACAUACUCUGGUUUAGUUGGAGGGCCUUUACGAGUGUGUUUGUUUGCAUGAACGCCGCAGAUUGAAAUUUGCUUUUAUUGGGAAUUAGAAAUGUUUUGCAUUCCAGCAUCAUCAGUGAGAACAUCCAUUAUUUAGCAUUUACCUUCACCCUCUUUCAGAAUCAUGCCCCCCUCCCCCCCGCCUCAUGAUACCUUACCAAAGCCAUCUGUGGGAGUGACAUUACCCUGUCACAUCAGUGGCUGCAGCCCACUUCAGCCUAAACCCUGCAUGAAGAGGACUCUUCGUCCUCACCUUGAGCUCCUCUUGCUCAGUUACCAAAAUAAAAGCAAUAGUUCUUUUACAGCUUGUGGCUUUACCGCCCUCUUAUCCGUUGGUUCUAUAUUUCUAAACAUCAGAGGUGUGAGACCCUCCUGACCCUCUUUUAACCCAGACUUUAAAAGCUGAUGCACUAUUCAUUUUUAUUGAUUCGUUAGUAGUUCUACAAAAGCAAAUCCUCUGACAGAUUCCUUCAGAAAUCUUUGUAGAUAAACCUGCUCGUCUUUGAUUUUCCAUCUCACCAAUGAUCUUUUAUUUUUCCACCUCUUCUUUCUCUUUGUUUUGAACAUUUAACAUCCUUCUCUUUUUGUACCAGGAUAUCUUAUCCAGUGUAUCUUAAGAUUGUCUCGUGUUGCACAUAGAAAAUGUCACUCAUUGAUUUCACACUGACCUUGUUAAUAGGAAUCACAGCACAGUAGGUGUUUCGUUUUUUUAAUGAAGGGAAUAUGUUUGAAGUAAUAUUGUUUUGUGGCGUGUGUGUGUGUAUGCGAGAGAAAGAAAGACAACUGAUGUGCAUUUUCUCUGUUUACAAAUUAGCCAAGAUGAAUGCUGCAGUUUCCUCCUCCUGACGUGUCCUUGUCACUCGAAAGAUCAAAAAAAGGGUGAAACAGAAAAUAAGUGCAAUUAGACCACACAUAAAAUCAUUCAGAGGUUUAUGAUCAGAUAGCAUUCCUCACGCGGACAUUCCCAUCGCAAAAUAGAAAUCGCACACUUCUCUUGUUUUCUGUCAUCGAUCUUAAAACUGUCCUCUUGUCAAAACAUAGGAUUACAUUUGAAUAUUUCUUUCUUUUUUCUUUUAUGUCUUUCCCCCUGGAAAGUUGUGUGUGAUUAAUGUGUUGAACUAGUUUGUUCAUCAGCCUCAGACACUGUUGUGUACGUCUGUUUCUCUCUGAAGCCGCCGUGGUUCCCUGAGUAGAAACACCCUGACCCUCUGUCAGCAGAUGGAGGCGCCAUGAGGUGACGUAUCAGACUGGGUAACCUGAACCGGCCCCGGUAGACUCUCCUCCUCUGGUGCUGUUACUACGAGCAGCUUUAAAAGAUGGCUCCACAUUUUUCCAGUUCUGUUUUAAAGCAGUUCUCACAACCCCAUAAAGACUUACUGCUCGCUGUAAACAUUCCUCCUGUGCUCCGUGGCUGCGUAAAGAUUCCUUCCUGAUGUUAUUCCAGUAAUAAGCAAUAUGGGACUAAACCAGCUUUCAUGUUUUUGUUAAGUAAAGCACUUCAAGUUAAUAUGAGACUGAGGCAGUCAGAGACGAAUCAAUCUUCCAAAGUUAUCAGGAUACGAAAUUCACUCUUUAAUUUACUGCUCCUGUGCUCAGCAAGGAAACAGAAUUUUAUAUUCAAACCAGAGUGGCAAUUAGUUUAGUGCACAUCUCCGGCCAAGCCAAAAAAGCCCCAGUAGAUUAAAUCUAACAGCAACAAAUUUCACACACUCGUAGAAAUCACUCCUCUAAGAUAAAAAACUAAUGAUUUUAGUUUUUCAUCAAAUGGUGAAAAUAAAUAAAAAGCCCCAUUUUACAAAGUUAAAAAGAGGAGAAAAACAUUCCUGAUAUGCCCCUUUGUUUGGAACACUGCCAAAAUGUCACUGAUUGCUUCUUGGCCCACGUCCCAUCCUUCCAUCAAGUUUUGUGGAAAUCUGAUAAGUGGUGUUUGUGUGAUCCUGCUGACGAUAUAAAAAAAACAAUGUAGUUACUACCUUCAGAUGAAUCACCCACGUGACUUCUUGAAGUACUACUGCGUUAUUUCUUAUCAGCUACAGAUCAACUGUCAAUGUGUUUACUCACAGAACUCCGACUUUAAGGUUUUUGUGCUUCACCCCAUCACUUAAACUGGAAUCCCAUUUGGAAUAGAUCACUACAAGGCCAAUGUGAAGAAGAGGAACGUUUACAAUGACAAAUAAAUCUUUCAAUGUACUUAUAGUCCAACAAGUGUUCUGGUAAAAUCAACAUAAACAUUUGAACUUUAAAAUAUUUUUAAUACAGUUUUAAACAUCUUACAAUCAAAAGCUCAGCCUGUAGAAUUUCUUAUUUUGUCAUGCUUUAAGCAAUAUGCAUAAACCUGAUAUCAUUUCAUGUAGUCUUGGCUUGUUCUAUGCAGUAACCUCAGUGUUGUACCCUUCAUUGUCUUAAGUACAGCUCUUUGAAGCUGUAGGGCAGGUUGCCACAUGCAGUCAUUUCCCGCUAAUGUCUGGUUAUAGGAUUUUUACUUUAACUGACUUUUCUUAAAUAGGAAUAUAAACCAGUAUUUAGCUUUUUUCCUCUAUUCAUUGGUCCCCAUCUUCCUCAGUUCCUCACACUGACGCAUCGCAGUCUUCAUUGUCUUCUUAUGAUGCUACACAGUCGGAGCCAAAUCACUCGAGACGAGUGUCCCUCAGAUGUUCGUGUGUAUUCAGCGUUAUUUUGGUACAACUGCCAAGCCACUUCAACAUCGUAUUACUAGGUCAAGAUGCAUUGAAUGGGAUUCAAACGGUGCAAAGCAGUGCCUCCUGUGACUUUACCUCCUGAUAAUUCUCACCGCAAAACCAUGGUGUGCAGCCAUGAGCCCUCUGCUUCGAGCAGCGUGUGCUCGACUUCUACAAAGAUGUCCAGGGAAUCUUCUUUACAUCUCUGGUAGUCUGUCGCUGUCUGUAAUUGCACUAAACGCCCUCCUUCAGUGUUUUUGAAACUGAAAAACGUUGACAAAUUGAAGAUUUUCAAAAUGAAAAGCACACAAAAUCAUGGAGAAAUCACCGGUUGUGUGUUUCUGUAGAUAGACGUAUUUUCUUUUCUCAUUUUUUUUGUGUAUAGUUUUGAUGAUGCUUGUCAAUAAUGCCUUAAAUUCUGCUGUGUACAAUGUGUGAAAUUGAAAUAAUGGAAUAAUGCUUCUGGUAGACUCGGUGUUCCCCUUUCAGGCUCCACACUUUUCAUGUUUCUCAGCGGAAACUCUUAUUCAGAUGUCUCAAAGGGCGACAGUGACUCUUCUUUGGUUCCCAGACGGUUCAACCAUGAAGUCUGCAACCUUUUGUUCAUGUGUGUGGGUUUCCCCUUUUUUUUUUUUUCAUUUUCUAUUCUGUUUUCUGCUAUGGUUUUUUUUUUUUUCAUACACUCUAGAUACUUUUAACAUUUAGUUUCUAGUUUUCAGUGUGUGUGCAAGUGAAGUAAAUGGAAGCUCUUCUUUGCACUUUUUACAAGACGAUGCCGAAACCGUCGGCAACAGAGGGCAGUCCAUUAAUUCCACACACACACACAUUAGUUAUUUUUAAUUGUUGUUGCACAAGCUCUGUAGUUUUUUUUUAUUUUAAUUUUAUCCCUGGAAUUAAUGGAUUGUGUUUGGUGUCAUGUGUUUUGUCCGACAGUCACUGGACAGCAGAGGGUUGGGUUUUAAUUCAGAGACAGGCCGGCUGCAUAAAUCCGAUAUGUAGCGUUCACUUGUUGGUAAUGUGAUGGUUUUCUAAUGUUGUCGUGACGUUUGACCCAGUAUUUGAACUGCAAAAAAGGUGAAUUUAGGACGGUUAUGUUGUUUCUGAUGUCGAAUUUCAAAUCAGGAGAAUCGAACGGUUAAAAGUUUUAAAGAAGUCUGUAUUUUCAGAUUUGACAUUGUACUUUUUUUGGCACAAAGUGACACUGCUUUUUAUGUGAUGUGUAACUAUUGAAAAACGAAACAAACAAAAAAAACAGCAUCCUUUUUUUUUUUUUCUAAAUGCCUAAAUCUGCAAAAUAUAUGCAAUGAUGUACGUGUAACAUUCAAUCCUCAAGUAUAAUCCAGGUUGUAUGAACUUUGUAUAGUGAGUUUUAAUAUCGUAUGGCCGUACCAAUAUGUAUUGAUCUUUAUCAGAAGCCUUAGAGUUGUCGACCCAAAGUGCUCCCUUAGAAUACCCUACACCUACCUGACUUUAACAAAGCAUUAAUAUCUCUAUUUUGUUGCAUUUUUAUUUGUACCCUUUUUGAAUAAAAUAGAUUUGUACUGUAUAUUUGUACCUCUCUGUGAACUACUUAGGGCGGUUUUUGGUUCUUUUGUUUUGCUGUUUUAAUUCUAUGUAAGGACACAAAGAUAUUGUAUUUUUAUUGUUACAGCUAACUUGGAGACAUUGCAUAUAUCAUGUUUGUUAAGUAAACACAAUAUAAUAUAUAUAUAUAUACAAAUAUAAAUAUAAACUAUUAUCCAAA